AGAGGGCAGCAGCUGGACAGUUGAGGAUGUGUGUCUCUGUGUGUGUGUUCCUUUUCUUUGCUCUCGUCCACAGCAGCUGGCGUGUCAGCGCUCAGCAACGCUCUGAUGAACGAUUACAGAGGCUUGACCCUGAAGUGCACAUGAACAUUACGGAGAUCAUCCAGAGGUGGGGUUACCCUGCAGAGGAGCAUGAGGUUCUGUCAGAGGACGGCUAUAUCCUGACCGUCAACAGGAUCCCUCAGGGGCUCAAACCCUCUACAGGUCCAAGACCUGCCGUCUUCCUGCAACACGGUCUUCUGGCUGCUGGCAGCAACUGGGUCACCAACCCGCCUAACGCCAGUCUGGGCUACGUGCUGGCAGAUGCAGGCUACGACGUUUGGAUUGGAAACAGCCGAGGAAACACCUGGUCCAGGAAACACCUGACUCUGAGCCCAGACCAGGAGGAGUUCUGGAGGUUUAGUUAUGAUGAGAUGGCUCUAAAGGACCUUCCAGCUGUGAUAAACCACGUUCUGAAGGUGACCGCUCAGGACCAGAUCUUCUACAUUGGACACUCUCAGGGAACCACCAUCGCAUUCAUAGCGUUCUCCACGCUGCCAGAGUUGGCCAGUAAGAUCCGGUUGUUCUUCGGUUUGGCUCCGGUAGCAACUGUGGCGUUCACCAGCAGUCCCAUGACCAAACUGUCUGUUCUGCCGGACUUCCUGAUCCGGGAGCUGUUUGGUAGGCGGGACUUCCUGCCUCAGAGUCAGUACAUCAAGUGGUUGGCGGAACACGUAUGUGCGAAGAAGCUGCUCAGCGAGCUGUGUGGAAACCUCUUUUUCAUUCUCUGUGGCUUUGACGAAAAAAACCUCAACAUGACUCGGACUCCAGUCUACACGACUCACUGUCCCGCUGGGACAUCUGUCCAGAACAUGGUCCACUGGGCUCAGGCGGUUCAUAAAGGAAAACUGAUGGCGUUUGACUUUGGAUCUACAGGAAACAUGAAACACUACAACCAGUCCAGUCCACCCGAGUACCAAGUCAAGGACAUGAAGGUCCCCACGGCCCUGUUUUCAGGAGGACAAGAUACUCUGGCAGACCCCAAAGACGUAGCAGUCCUCCUGACUCAGAUCUCCAACCUGGUCUAUCAUCAGCACAUCGGACACUGGGAACAUCUGGACUUCAUCUGGGGUCUGGAUGCUCCUCAGCAGAUGUUCCCAUCCAUCCUGAGUCUGCUGCACAAGUAUCAUUAGAGGUCUUCAAGAGUCCAGAUCCAGCAGAGUCCAGGACCUGACCUUUAAUCAUUCCAGGACCUUUAACCAGUCCAGGACCUAUAAUCAGUCCAGGACCUUUAAUCAUUCCAGGACCUUUAACCAGUCCAGGACCUAUAAUCAGUCCAGGACCUUUAAUCAUUCCAGGACCUUUAACCAGGAGAGUAUUUGAAUGUUUUCAUCUCCAACAGUCUUUAACUGGAUUUUAUCACUUUUCAUCCUCCGAGACUUUUCGUCCUCCUCGGGGUUCUGCAGAUCCAACAAGAUCCGCUGAAAACUGGAGACUGAGAGGCAAUGUGUUCCAACAAGAUCCAAGAAACCUUUCUCACAUUUCCAACCAGAACCACAGAGAACCCCCCGCAGGGUUCUAAAACAUGAGCUGCUAUUACAAACAAACCUUUAGAACCAGAUGAGGACAGAACCUCACCUUUAGAACCAAACGAGGACAGAACCUCACCUUUAGAACCAGACGGAGACAGAACCUUACCUUUAGAACCAAACGAGGACAGAACCUCACCUUUAGAACCAGACGGAGACAGAACCUUACCUUUAAAACCAGAUGAGGACAGAACCUCACCUUUAGAACCAGAUGAGGACAGAAGCUCACCUUUAGAAGUAGACAAAGACAGAACCGCACCUUUAGAACCAGACGAGGACAGAACCUCACCUUUAGAA